AUGAACACGCUAUUGGUGCUAAUGGUGGUACAGCUUUUGUUAUUUCUGCCAUGCGUCCAGGCGCAAUUCUUCCAGCAAUUCUUUGGAGGCCAUGGAGGCGGGUCCGUAUUUGGACAUCGAGAGCAGGAACCACCCCCGUCCGGUGACGCUAGCUGGUUCGAAGCGAGAGUAGAUGCAGCGCAGUGCACACAGUACCUAUGUCCUCGCACUCUGUCAUGCGUAGCCAAGCCUUCGCACUGUCCCUGUCCGUUCCCACAACAGAUUCGUUGCUCCUACAAGGACGCUAGUUCAAACGCGAAACAUCACGCUCAGCGGGCAGGGGGAACAUUCGACGGCGUUGACGCCGGGCUUGAUCUGGGCGGCACCUUUUGCAUUACUGCAAAUAGCUGUGGUGAUGUUCAACGGGUCCUCGCAGCCAAAGCAUGA